CCAUUCGAGCCUGCUCCUCGCUCACAGCAGCGAAAUGGCGAGAGGAAAGGAGUAUUUUGGUUAAUAUGCAAUGCUCGUAAUUAGCAUAAUUUAUAUAUUUAUGAUAAAGAGAGGGAAAUACAUAAUAUUCGGUCCCUGGGCACGGGCAGAGGUGCUUUCUGUCGCCUGCACUUCGCGGUUAGUGCUCGUCUCCAGAAGUGGCGUCGCGGAGAGACUUUUAUCGCUCGGGUUGGGGGUGGGGGAGCUCAGCAACACCCGCUGAAGUUUUGACAGAUGUCCCUUUUCUAACAGGGCAUUGCAGCAGGAUAUGCACCAUCUUGAGUCUUUUUUUUCUCCCUUCUUUUUCUUUUACUGAUCUGUGAUGGAGACGUUAUUACUUGUCCUCGAUGAUCCGCGGGGUUUCUUCCCAUUUUGUGCGGCUGAAAGUGCAACACAACACGGCUCCUGCAACGACAGACAGAACCAUGGUUUCGAUUCUCUCGUUUUUUUUCUCACGAGGAUUGGUUGUUUGGAAUGUCAGGGAGACAGUGACUGCCAUGAACUCCCAGGAUGCCCCUGCCAAAGAUGCCCCGCUUACAGUCAACGAGCAGGUCAUUGUGAUGUCAAGCCAUGAGACUAUUCGUGUACUGGAGGUAGAGGUCGAUGCACCUCUGCCAUCAUCAUUGCCGGAUGGGAAGAUUGAAGUCAAAGCUGAGGAGGGAUCGGCUCGACCUGCGGAGCAAACGGAGGACGGCGGCAUACACGACGACCCCAAUGCUCCCCUGAGCACCGGGGCAGCGGUAGGAACCAACGCUGGCUUUGCUCCUGCAGGGCCGGGCGAGCAGCAGGUGGCGUCCGUUGUGGUUCCUGCACCUGCGGUCCAAGCGUUGACUCCCUCUGUGCCCGUCAGUCUGGCCCCGAUGCAGCCCCAGGCCGCCAUGCCCAUCACUGUACAAGGAUGUCCACAGGUUCUGACCCAGGAAGGUUUGGCCACUCUGAUGACGAGUAUGAUGGCCCAGACAGGAACUCUGGGGCAGCCCUUGCUCAUCCCAAUCAGUAUGGCGGGUUCCAUCGGUGGACAAGGAGGGCUGGCUGUUCUCACUCUCCCUACCACCAACGUAGCUACUCUGUCUGGGCUCACAGCAGCUAACACGGCUGGAAACCUUCUCAAACUGCCCUUUGCUGGCCUCCAAGCUGCGACAGUCCUGAACUCUGUCCAGCCCCAACUGCAGACAAGCCCUCAGACCAUGUUCCAGCCCCAAGCUGCCCUACAGCCAGUGCAGGUGACGUCCCAUCCGACGCAGGUGACCAACGCACAGGUGACCGCCGCUCAGGUGGCCUCGCACGCCACCGCUGUGUCUCAGUCCAACAUAUCCUUAGCGGCGAUCCAGACCGCAGGGCUCUCGAUCAAUCCCGCCAUUAUCAAUGCGGCGUCUUUGGGAACUCAGCCCCAGUACCUCAGUUCCCUUACCUCCACUCCUAUCAUCACUAAUGCAAUGUCCAACAUGGCGGGCAUCACAAGCCAGAUCAUCACAAAUGCCCAAGGACAGGUCAUUGGAACCCUCCCUCUUUUAUUGAACCCAGCUUCUCUGGCUGGAGCGACUGCAACACCCACCCUCCAGGGUCUGCAGGGUCUGCAGGGGCUACAAGGUCUCCAGGGUCUGCAGUGUAUACAGGGUCUACAGGGCAUACAGGGCUUGCAGGGCAUACAGGGCUUGCAGGGCAUACAGGGCUUGCAGGGCAUACAGGGCUUGCAGGGCAUACAGGGCUUGCAGGGCAUACAGGGCUUGCAGGGCAUACAGGGCUUGCAGGGGAUACAGAGUCUGCAAGGCCUCCAGGGCCUCCAGGGCCUCCAGGGCCUCCAGGGCCUCCAGGUCCAGACUGUCACCCCACAACUGCUUCUCAACACCCAGGGCCAGAUUAUUGCCACACUGGGGAAUGGAUCUGUAGUUGCAACUUCUGCUGCAGUUCUGCCCAAAGCCGCUGCUCCGCCAACAUUCACCAAACCCAUCACACAGGCUUCAGUAACAACCGUGUGUCAGUCACCGAUUGUCAUCGCCCCGCAGCCGUCUGUACUGAGGAAUUCCACCACGCUCUCCUCCACGGUGCCCAUCAGCUGUGGAGACAUAGCAAAAGUGGGACAGCUUGUCAGCAAACCCCAGCAGGUAGUCAGCGGCGAGGAAGGCAUUAAUCUGGAAGAGAUCCGAGAGUUCGCCAAGAAUUUCAAGAUCCGUCGGCUCUCCUUGGGGCUUACUCAGACACAAGUAGGGCAGGCUCUAACUGCAACUGAGGGUCCGGCCUACAGCCAGUCUGCCAUUUGCAGGUUUGAAAAGCUGGAUAUCACACCCAAGAGUGCUCAGAAGCUGAAGCCCGUGCUGGAGAAGUGGCUGGCCGAGGCUGAGCACUGGAACCAGAAAGGCCAGCAGAAUCUGAUGGAGUUUGUUGGCGGUGAACCAUCCAAAAAGCGCAAGCGGCGUACAAGUUUCACACCACAGGCGAUAGAGGUUCUUAACUCUUACUUUGAAAAGAAUGCGUUGCCAACAGGUCAAGAGAUUACAGAAAUGGCGAAAGAGCUAAACUAUGACCGAGAGGUCGUGCGAGUGUGGUUCUGUAACCGACGGCAGACGCUGAAAAACACGAGCAAAAUCAAUGUGUUCCAGGUCCAGUAACGACCUCUUUCUGGGAGACGCGUUUGGGGAGUUUUUUGGAAGUUGAACAUUUAAUACGGCAGCACAGUUGUGAACUGUGUUGUAACUAUAAGCCAAACUCCAUUAAGGACUAUGUACUUUAAUAGAAAAUAAAGAAAACUACACACACUUCAAGUGUAAUGACAGAGUACUAAAAAAGAAAGUUGAUAAUGUAUUUUAAGUCUGUAGUACAACUCCCGUGUGGUGGGUCUCAGUCAGAUGCCAUGGGUGUAUUAUCAUAUAUAGUGAUGGUUGUACAGCGAUAACAACAUCAUAUUUAAAGCAUUUUAACUUUUAUACAAGUGAUUUUAUAGAAGCUCUCUCUCUGAAUUAUAAUAAUAAUAAUAAGUGGCAGUGCAUUGAGUCACAUUGAUUUUAGUCACAUUGUUGUCACUAUGUCACAGUGAGUGACAUCACACUGAUAUUUGAAUAACAUGCUUUUGUCACCAUGAUUAGGGUUUAUUUUAUAUUCAAGUAGUACUUGUACUACAUGAGCAGCUUUGCAAACACAAGCCUCUGUAGAUUGAACGUAGGCAAUCACAUAUCACCUUAUUUCCAUCAGAGAUUGUCGUCUAAUUAAUGCCAAAACGGACUUUGCUAUCUAUGGAACCUUGACUCCAACCUUUUUUGGGGACAAUCAUGAUUUUGAUAUUUGUUAUUGAUAAUCAACAAUUAACAUCUGUAGUCAUUUGUAGAGUCAUUUUUUAUGUUUCUUGCACAACAAGUUCUUAUAAAAAUAUUACUAUCAAUUCAGCUAUUACUUUUGACACAUCUAUGAACUGCGUUUUUUGUACUUUAUAAUGUUUGUUUCUAGUUUCUCGAGAGUUACUAAUUGUGGGUGAAAUGUGUGUAAAUUCACCCAGUCUGUCAUGUUUUUACACUUUUUGUUUAAUGUGCUAAAGAUACUCUGAGAGUAUCUUGUGUUUCCUCUUUAUUCACAGUUGUACCUGUUCACUCAGUGGUUUGAGGGUGGUUCUGCAACAUUCGCUUCAAAUCUCAAGUGAACUUUUAUGAAGGCAGUUUAAAACAUUCUCGCAUUGGCCACAAACAUUAGCAACGGGUUUUUAAAAUACUCCUAUUAAGCCCAAUAUAAAGAAAAAUGGAACUGUCUUUUUCAGCCAAGAGAGGUUUUAUGUUAUGAUGACCUUCAGAAUCUGAAUGAGUAAGGAGAGUGCCAAUGCUAAUAAUUCUUUGCACUUUAGUGACAUGAGGGACAUUAAAAGGGAUACUAAUGGUUUAUGUAGAGCGUAGUACAUGCAGGUUAAGUAGUUAUGAAUGUGGGAGAAUUUAUUUUCUGCAUUUUAAUGUUGUUGAAUCUUUUCAAAAUGUAGCAGUAUUAGCAAAACUGCAUUCAUCAAACUUAAGAAGCAAAAUCUGUCCCUUACAUUAAUGUAAUUUUAUUAAGAAGAAAUUUAAAAUACUGCAGUUUAAAUGUACAAGCUAAUAUGCAUUGGUACCAUUUUUACACUGCAGAUAUGAAAAUGGUGCAUAUUUUCCGUUUUAACAAUUUAAAUGAAUGGGCCUAUUUUGCAAUGGACAUACAUGAUACAUAAACAUACAAAAUUAUAAAUAUUACAAAGUUCUUGCUAUGAUAUGUGUUUUUCCUUCUGUUCAAUGUGGGGGGACAAUUUAUAAUAUUGUUUAAUCUACUAAGUUAUCACUAGAGAAAAGAAAAGCUAAUUUACAUUAUUAAUUUGCCCUGCAAAACUCAAAGAGUUCGAGUCUUUGCGAGAAAAGAGAAAAAGUGGAGCUGGAUGUUUUUGUCAUUUUCUGUCAGACAAAUAAACCCUGGUUUUAUUAAUCUCUA